AUGUCCAGCACACCAACCUGUGCGUUCUGGCUCCGAGGGAGAUGCAUGAGAGGAGCCUCCUGCAGAUUCAAACACGGAGCGACCUCAGCAGAUGAACCAGGCAAGGCGAUGCUGGUUGACACUGGCAGGAUUCUGGAAACGAUCGAGCCUCACAGUCUUCGGGCACAUGUCGACAACGACGAUGAUAGCGUCAUCUCCCUGACUGGCUACGAAUUCCUCUCGUCGUACAACUGGGUCGACGAUGACAACCCGGUCAUCUAUGUCCCUGGAGCCCCUGCCAUUUGGAAAGCCAACGAACCACCCUUCGAGGUCACCAAGGACCAAGGCGCGUACUUCAUCGACCAGAACACUGCCCGUUGUGCCACAUACCCUGCCGAGGCUCUUUUCCGGUCCCUUGCCGUCAUGCAGCCGGACCUGAGCAUGCGAGAUUUUGACCUCGUCACCGACCGCAACUGCCUCCGCAAGUUAUUACGCUUUGUCUGCGCUGACGUGGACCAGACGUUCCGUAUCGACGUCCAGCUACAAGGCGACGUCAUGUUUCUCUGCCGCUGGGAAGCCGAGCUCAAACGCAUCAUUCGUGGUCACGAAAACUUUGGCUACGGCCAUAGCUUUGAGCACGCCACCACAAUCUUCGACAAAGCCAUACGUGACAGCACUGGACAUCACCGGGUGGUUCGGUACAGCCUUGGAGGCGUCCGAUGCUUGGUCCGAUACGAGGCGGAUGGGUGUACCGACGAUGCAGGAGAGGCAGGUGGUAGAGCAAAGACCGCGGAGCGAGACGAUACCGGUGAUACAGAUGAUUUGCUCGGGGCAUUGGAGUCAAUGACAAUUGCUCCAGCUCGGGUCAGAAAAGCGAACGGAUCUGUGCAAGUGUUGGAAGAGGGUCGCGUGGUGCCUCCGUCCACCAUUAUCGAAAUCAAGACACGAGCAUCCCACCGCAGGCUGAAGAUCGACGAGGUUCUUCCACAGCUAUGGUUUGCACAAACACCGAACCUCUUGGUGGGCUAUCACACGAAUGGCCACUUCCAGGAAAUACACAAGGUUCCGAUGGAACCGGAAUUCGAACGUUGGGAGAAACAGCAUCAAGCCCACCUGAAGAACCUGGUCGCCCUGCUCAAGAAACUCCGCGGAUCUGCCCGGUCGACCAAGGGUCAACGAUGUGUGGUCGUAGGCAUGAGAGGUCGGACUUCUCGGUUGCAGAUUUACGAGUCUACCAGAACGAGGGCCGUCUUGCCUGAAGAUAUUGUCAACCUGCACGAGUGGGAGGAGAAAUCACAGUAG